AUGACCUCAAAUAAUUCAACUGAAUAUACAAGUGUAACAACAACAUCUCAUAUGGAUCAACAAAGAGUAGAGCCUAUAAAAACAUAUAGACAAAUUAUAACAGGAAAAAUUGCAAAUUUAUCAAGUUUUGCUGUUGGAACUUGUAUUGGCUGGACAUCACCAAUAUUUCCUAAAUUAGAAAAACCUGAUGAAACACUAUUAAGUCAUGUUAUAAAAAGUUCGUCAGAAGAAGCAGCAUGGAUUGGAUCUUUAUUAACUGUUGGUGCAUUAGUUGCACCAUUUGUAGCUGGACCAUUGGCUGAUAGAAUUGGUCGUAAAUGGACAUUAUUAAGUAGUGCUAUAUUUUUUAUUAUUGCAUAUGUACUUCUUUUAAUUGCUGGUGAAGUAUGGGUUAUGUAUGUUGCAAGAAUAAUUCAGGGUUUUGGUAUUGGUUUUGUAAUGACAGCUCAACCAAUGUAUAUUGGUGAAAUUUCAUCAGAUGAAUAUAGAGGAGCUUUAGGAUCAUUUAUGCAAUUAUAUUUAGUGGUUGGAGUUUUAUAUGUUUAUGCUAUUGGACCAUUCGUUUCAUAUGCAGCUUUACAAUGGUGUUGUCUAGUAAUACCAAUAAUAUUUGCAAUCGGUUUCUUUUUUAUGCCAGAAAGUCCACAUCAUUUUAUAAAUAAAGGAAGACAUACAGAUGCAAAAGUUGCAUUAAAAAAUUUACGUGGAAGAACAAGUAUUGGUGUUGCACCAGAAAUGAAUAGUAUUCGAACAACUCUUGAAGAAAAUAACAGAGAAAAAAAGAGUCUAGCUGAUUUAUUUAAAAAUAGAGGAAAUAUCAAAGCAUUAGUCAUUUGUGUUGGUUUAAUUGUAUUUCAACAAUUGUCCGGUAUUAAUGUUGUUCUAUUUAAUGCACAAACAAUAUUUGAAGAUGCAAAUACAGGACUUGAUCCAGCAAUAUCAACUAUUUUAAUUGGAGUUGUACAAGUUGUUGCAUGCGGUUUAACACCAUUAAUUGUUGAAAGAUUAGGAAGAAAACCAAUUCUUGCUGUUUCAUGUGAUGAUAUUUCAAAUAUUGCAUGGCUUCCAGUUGCAUCACUUCUAAUUUAUAUGUUAUUAUAUUGUCUUGGUUUGGGUCCAUUACCUUGGGCUAUUACCGGUGAAAUGUUUUCAAGUGAUAUUAAAUCAGUUGCAUCACCAAUUGUUGCUUCAGUUUGUUGGACAUUAGGAUUUCUUACAACAAGAUUUUAUCCAAAUUUAAAUUCAUUAGGACCACAUGUUGCAUUUUUCUUAUUUGGAGGAUGUACAGCACUUGGUUUCUUAUUUACACUUUUUGUUGUUUUAGAAACUAAAGGUUUAAGUUUACAAGAAAUUCAAAUAAAAUUAAAUAAGAACAGGAGAAUGGGACGUUCUGCUAAUAAUCACUGUAGGAACUGUGGUAACGAGGAAGAAAAGCAGUAUGGUAGCUCAUCUUCUGUGCUUGUUAACAACUUUGAUACGGAGAAGGCAGAGGUUUCCUGGUUUUUAGCAAUUCUUAAUACGACUUACGGACCUGAUGAAUGUAAAUGCCAGGGAUUUAAAGCAUUUUGUAACAAACUCGGUUAA